GCUGUGUACACGGACAGCUUCGGUCUCUCUGCUGCUUUUCUCACACUGACUUUUGGGAGCCAGCUCAUGAUCCCAGGAUGUACAAAACUAUAAUAAUUGGAUUAUUAUUGACAGGUUGUUCUUUCUCGCUUGACUCCACUUCAUCUCCUCCAAAUGGCCAGAAUACAAUACAAGCAGAUUUGGUUUCCACAUCCUCUCCUACUCCUAAACCGAAACUAACGGAACUGUCAGUUACUAGAAAUCACCUCACCACAGGAGAGGGGCAAGCAGGCGCAAGAAGUCAAAUUUCCCACACUUUCUCAGAACCAGCGAUAAUAGGCAUUAUUUUUCUGGUGAUGGCUGGUGUCAUUGUACUUAUACUCCUUCCUGCUUAUUGUAUUGGCAAACUGAGACAGAAAAAGUCCGUCAGUGAACAACCUCCAUUGUCACAUGACACAGACGCUCCUUUAAGUUCUGUAGAAACAGGAAACCCAGAACAAUAAUCAACAAUAAUUUAUUCACCAAGUCAAAUUUUGGAAGAACUAAAAGACAAGAAACUUCAGUCAAGUGAAAAAUUAACGUGUAAAUUGAACAUGUCAAUAAAUUGUAUAUACCCUUAAACUGUACAAUAUCAGGAUGACAAUUUCAUCAUAAUAAGUCCAGUUACUCAAUGAUGGGAAAAACCUCUACUCAUUAAUAUUUCAAAAUGUAGAACAAAUAUUUUCUUUCAUGCCUGCUUUUGUGUGUUAGCAUAAUGCUUAUAGUUCAUUGAUUUAGAAUUCUGAUUCAAAGGCUUGUAAUGUCAUAGAUGAAAUUUAAUUUCUCUUCUCACCCUAAACUUCUGAGUCUAUUUUCACUUUUUAAAAUACAUUAAAUCCUAUCAUCUCCUUCAUUACUCAAUAAACAAGAUAUGGUAAUGCUAGGGAUGACGGUAUUUCUAGUCACAAAAAUAAAGUGUGUUAUUGGAAAUGCUUUGCGUACAUACAUAUAUAUAAAUUUGUACAUAUGCAUAGACAUAAAUAUGUAAAAUGACACUUACAUUCAC